GGCUUGUGACUUGAUCCUCUCUUCACAGUCGAAAUUGUAGCGUGGUCUAACACAAUGGAUGUGAACGUUAAGAAGUCGCAGUGGUCAUUUUCAGCUACUUUUGUUAUGCUCCUUUAAGUUUAUGUUUUGUUUAUGUAAUGCAACACAUUGAAACGCGCAACCGAAAUUUGCAAUUUUCAGCCUGGCUGCAAGAAAAUCUAAAAAGUGCGUGGAGUAACUUCACUUGCUAAGUUAUCGCGAACUUUAACAUUAAUGUGCAAAGGCAUCUGCUUAGCGGGGACUCUGUAAACAAGCCUACCUUGGAUAUUUCUUUGGAUAUUUCUAUCUUUUGCAGGACACCAUGCCUCAGACUACCCCAUACGCAGGCAAGUUCAGCCCCAACCCUUACAGCAAGACCAGCGCUCAUUACACGCCUGUGGAGACGGUCUACGGCGGGUUGUGUUACCAUGACAACAGUCUCGUGUCGGGGUCACUCGAGGCUUUGAUCCAGCAUCUCGUCCCGACGGUGGACUAUUUCCCCGACAGGUCCUACAUCUUCACAUUUCUGCUCAGCUCACGACUCUUCCUCCACCCCUAUGAAGUCAUGUCCAGGGUGUGCUACAUGUGUCUGGAGCAACACCGAACAACUGACCCACAGAUUGACAGGAGGAGAAUCCGGGAGAUCGCGCCCAAGAUCGUGCAGCUCCUCACCGAGUGGACGGAGACGUUUCCCUACGACUUCCGGGACGAGCGGAUGAUGCGCAGCAUCAAGGACCUCACCCACCGGCUGGCCCUGGGAGACGAGCUCUCACGCAGAGCCAUGCAGAGGAUGACUCAGCGACUGCUGCGCAAGCUCACCACCCUCGGGCAGUACGAAGAGUCCCUGGUAACCAGCGGUACCCCGGCAACGGAGAGGCUGACGGCCCAGAAGGCCAAGCAGCAGGCGUCACGGAGGGAGGAUGUACUGAGCGUGUGCAGUGACCCCUUCAUACUGGCCCAGCAGCUCACACACAUUGAGAUGGAGAGACUGAGCUACAUCGGCCCAGAAGAAUUUGUCUACGCGUUCGCCCUGAAAGGUCCUCAGGACAACCAUAAGUGUUUCUUCAACAAGCGCAGGCCGAGUAACCUGGAGGCGUAUGUUGACUGGUUCAACAGACUCAGCUACCUGGUGGCCACGGAAAUCUGCACUCCUGUGAAAAAGAAGCACAGAGCACGUAUACUGGAGUUCUUCAUAGACGUGGCUCGAGAGUGUUUCAACAUUGGCAACUUUAACUCCCUCAUGGCCAUUAUCACUGGGAUGAACAUGUGCCCAGUGUCCCGACUGAAGAAGACUUGGAGUAAAGUCAACACGGCUAAAUUCGACAUCCUGGAGCAUCAGAUGGACCCGUCCAGUAACUUCUACAACUACCGCACAGCACUGCGUGGGGCCACACAGAGGUGCCUCACGGCACAGACCAGCAGAGAAAAGAUUGUCAUUCCGUUCUUCAGCCUGUUCAUCAAGGACAUCUAUUUCCUCAAUGAAGGCUGUGUCAGCAGGCUACCCAAUGGCCACAUUAAUUUUGAGAAAUUCUGGGAGUUGGCGAAGCAGGUGAGCGAGUUCCUGUCAUGGCGUUUGGCCGCGUGUCCGUUUGAGAGAGACAGGAAGACCCUGCAGUACCUCAUCAGCACCCCGGUCUUCAGUGAUGAGGAGCUCCAGUUGGCCUCCUAUGAGAGCGAGGGACCAGAGAACCAUAUGGAGAGAGACACUCGUCGGUCCCUAAGGUCAUCGCUACACAGGGCCUAAAGAGUGAUCACAAAAUGGUGGACAGCUGUCUCUCAAACUCUGGAAUGAGGGAUAAGCAUCAAGUUGGAUCAAGGACCCUCCUCAAAAAACACUCCUCAGAUACACACACACACACACAUUCCCUCACUUAACCAUGAAGACUUUGAGACUGGUUUCUCAGCAUUACCUUGAGAAGGUGUCAAAAGAAUGUAUUCAUUCUAUUAAGCUAAUUUUGAAUGAAGUGACUUGAUGGGUCAAGUCGUUGUACAAACAUAACUCUACUUGUUCUGAUGAAGAGUGUGUCGCUGGUAGGCAUGCUCUACACUGAUGAAGUCAAAUAUGCUUGAUUUUCAUGUCUCUUCCAGUGUGUUACCGUGUGAUGAUAAACAUGGUGACUUGUUGAAGCACGUCAUGCUAGCGUGUGAAGUAUUUGCUACAGUGCCAAUUAUUGAAUGUUAACCUCAGUAUGUACAGUCAUGCUACAGCUAUAACACUACAUUGUAAAAGUGAGGUUAUGCUGGAGGGAAGAUUUGAUCAAACCGUUUGACCAACAGUGUAACUAAAUAGUUACGUGGUCAAUAGUAAAUAUCUUGACUAAUUUUCCCUUUCAGUUGGGUCUGUUCACUAUGUUACUUACACUUUGAUAAGCUUUGUGUUUUUUUGGCUUUUGUCAUCAUCUGCACUGAUAUUGUGGGGUUUUUUCUCAUGAAGUUUUGUAUCACUUGUGUGUGUGUUCAUGACAUUAUUUUAGAUUAUUAAAAGAAGAGACUUUAUUAGGGUACUCAAAGAAGUUGCUUUAUUAAUGGUCUCGUGAGUUCAUAUUUUUGUAAUAAACUGAGAUGGAAACUGA